AUGCUAUCCUACAUCUACGGCCGGCUGGUCGGAUCGUCUGCCCACCAGGCCAUCCACCUCGAACCCGUCAAAGUCCACACUAUUGAGUCCAACCCAGACAAGCGCCCUCGAACCCUCAAGCACCUCCUCCGCGCCAAUCAUGUCAACCACUCCAUUCUCUACCACUCGCUACAUUAUCACAACCAUCUGCCACAUAUUCUCGGCUCUGCUUACAUCCUCGGCGCCUCGAUCCCCCAGCUCCACACUAUAUACGAUCAAGAGUCCAAGGAACUUGAACCUUGGCCCGACAGCCCCGAGGAGAUCACCGAGGACGAUUGGAGGGACUUCCUGGGCCAGAGGAGCUAUCAGAGAGCCUUCGUCGAUUUCUUCGAAGACCAGUUGGCCACCAGAAAGGCAAAUUACGAGUGGAAGAAAGUCGUUCAAGACUUCAUGUUUGCUCCGCCCGACGGUGGCGCGCCCCUCAUCAAUAAUGUCGUUGCCGGUCUAGGCCACCCUCUGAUACAUCUGGGCUAUGCAUACGAGAUAGACAGCAAAGAGGUCGCCAUUGAAGCUCUGGCCAUGACCGCCACGCAGUACGAUUUCAUGCACAAGUAUCUCGACAACUCAAAAUACUCGCGCCCGCCACCAAAGGGAGCCUUCUCCUCCACCUCGCCUUCAGACAUCCUUGAGAGGAUCCGGAGUGACAGCAGAUUCAAUGGUCUAUUCGAUGGGCACGAGGACUCUGGCGAUAUCGAGAGUCUAUUCAGUGAGCAUGAGGAACUGGUGUUGGAAUACUGGAAUGCCUGGUGUGUCGGUCAAGACCCUGUCCGACGUUUCCAGGAGAGCCAGGAGGCUGCCACUGCCCUGCUCGUCGCCACUGUUCCUCCUGGAACACAUUCAUACAAAUUCCGGAUUGUCCACCUGCUCACCACAAGCCAUGCCGUGCGCAUUCUGCUGCCGUUCAUUCCGACCGAGUUCCAUGUUUCACUGGUGCGGCAAUGGUGGUUGUUGACCCUGGCCGUCUACAUUGCCGAGCUGAGACCCAAGAUUGAUCCAGACUACGUCCCGUGGCCGGAGGGAUCCGCGGCCAAGACAUGGUCAUACGUUGAGGAUAAGGCGCUGAACUCGGGGUGGGCCAUAGAUGCACACUUUGUGAAAGCGGUCAGGGCCAUGAGGGAGGCUGCCAGCACAUGGGGAGAUGUCCAUGAGCGUUACCUUGCCUCCGCCGUCCGAUUCGUGGAUGACUUUGAAGGAUGGACAUUCUCAUAA